AUGGCUAUGAUCCACAACUCUUCCAAAGUCGCAUCACCAACAGAAGAAAGCAUAAUACUUCCUAUGAAGGGCCUUCAUGGAGAUGUCACUAUAAGUCCAACACCCAUUCUCAUAAACCAGAGCGAGGAAAGUGACUUCAUAGACGAGUUGCUGUCUUCUACUUCUACUUCCAGCGAACCUUCGCCCAACUCAUCCAUUUCCACUGAUAGCUCGUGUCUUUUAUCUUCCGUAGUAAACGAUUUUGUUUAUGAUCUCACCAGUCAGAACUUCCUCGAACAGACGGAGUUUCUUGUCGCCGACUUGAAUGAGUCGUUAUCUAGAAACUCCAAGAUAACCAUGUUGCCCAACUACAAUAUUUCUCCAACAGGACAGGAGUCAGGUGAGUUUUUGGUCAUUGACUUGGGAGGCUCCACCUUGAGAAUCGCUGUUAUCAAGAUAGACCAAGCGUCGGAUUCAGACGACGAAGACAGAUCAAAAAGAAUACACAUCUUGAUGGAGAAGAACUGGACUAUCGAUAACAGCUUCAAGACUCUCGAUCUUAACUUCUUCAAGUUCAUAGGCUCCAAGAUCCACGAGAUAUUGUGCCAUCAGGAUUUGAUUGAUAUCCGCAACAAUAUAAAGACUGGGAUCACCUGGUCGUUCCCUUUGAAGACCACAUCGUACAAUAACGGUAAGAUCGUCCAUGUCUCUAAGGGCUACACCAUUCAUCCAGAAAUCUACAACCAGGACUUGAAGUCCAUUUUAGAAUCAGUUUUACUAAACGAGUUUGAUUUACACAUUGACGUCAAAAGCAUUUUGAACGAUUCCUUGGCCGUGUACUCGGCAGGUGCCUUCAUUGAUAAGUAUACCAAGUUGGCACUUGUUUUGGGAACGGGAUUCAACAUGUGCUGCUCAUUAUCUACAUCGGACAAGAUGCAUUCUGACAAGACGUUGGAAAGCUGCGACAAGAUCUUAUUCAACACUGAACUCAGUUUGUUUGGUGAACAUUUGAUUAAGAGCAUAGCUACCAAAUAUGAUUCGUUGAUUGACGAGAGAUUCAAAACCUUUGACUUUCAUUUCAAGCCAUUCAUGUCAACUGAUCCUAAUACCCAUUCCAUUUUCCAACCUAACGAGUUGAUGACAAGUGGUAGAUACUUGCCAGAGUUGACUCGUUUGGUGUUGGUAGAUUUAGUUGAAGCUAAAGAAAUCUUUGUCAACAUAAGCCAAAAGGAGGAACUUUUAUCUUCGGCCUAUGAUGGCUUCAGUGGUGAGUUGAUGUGCUUCAUCAACGAAUCGACAAACGUUGACGCCAUUACCGAAAAAUUGUGUGCUCAAUAUGGUUGGUCUGCUUCUGAAGUCACCAUCGGAGAUGUUUUGACGUUGAAGAAGAUUGUUCAAAGUAUUGUUGAAAGAGCAGCCUUCAUUGUUUCCGUCUCGAUUGUGUCCUUCAUUAAGUUGCUCCAACAGCACAAUGAUGAUCACUUUGACUCAUCCAUCAUCAACAUUGGAUAUGUUGGCUCAGUGUUGAAGCAUUUCAAUGUCUACAGAGACUUGGUUAAACAAUAUGUUAACGAUAAUGACGAUAUUAAAAGGUUAGGAGUCCAGGUUGAUUUUAAGUUGAUUGAGAAUAGUUCAAUCAUUGGUGCUGCUAUCGGUGCAGCAUACUAUUCAUAA